AUGGCCAAGACCAAGAAGUCCGGAGAGACCAUCUCCUCCCGCCUUGCCCUCGUCAUGAAGUCCGGCAAGGUCACCAUGGGAUCCAAGUCCUCCAUGAAGACCCUCCGCUCCGGAAAGGCCAAGCUGAUCCUGAUCGCUGGUAACUGCCCUCCCCUGCGCAAGUCCGAGCUCGAGUACUACGCCAUGCUCGCCAAGGUCCCCGUCCACCACUUCAACGGUAACAACAUUGAGCUCGGUACCGCCUGCGGUAAGCUCUUCCGUUGCUCCACCAUGACCAUCCUUGAUGCUGGUGACUCCGACAUCCUCACCCGUGAGGUUUAA